CCCACACUCAAUAUCUAAAACCCCCCAACCCACCUCGUUUUCUUGGCUCAUUCCUUUAAUAUCAUCAGCUCUCAAUUCUCUUUCUUUCCUCUUUAAUUUGGGUUGUUACCGUUAUUUAAACGGAACCCACCUUCCACCUUCCAUCGUGAAAAAGUUUGCUUGUUUAUGCUCACCACCUGUUCGAUAAAAUUCCCAGAUCUGAAUUGAAGCUAUGGGAAGCCAUAUGAGCAAGAAGAGUAACACCGAGACGUCGUCGUCUGCUAUAAAUCUGACCACUUUUCAGUACACAACUGAUCAGUUGAGCUCGUAUGAGGCUGCUUGCAAGGUUGAUGCAGACUUGCAGUCUUUUGAUACCAACCUCCAAAACCGAACCAAUCAAGUCAUCAGCACUCUUGCAGCAGGAGUUGAAGUUCGAGCUCUGUCGUUCGAUUCUUUGAAAGAAGUCACAGAAUGUCUGUUGGAGAUGAACCAGGAGGUUGUGAAGGUAAUACUGGAAUGCAAGAAAGAUAUAUGGAAGAAUCAAGAAUUGUUCGAGCUGGUUGAGGAGUACUUUGAAAAUAGCUUGCAGACUCUAGACUUUUGUACUGCAUUGGAGAAGUGCCUGAAGAGAGCUCGUGAUAGUCAAUUGCUCAUUCUUGUUGCCCUUCAACAAUUCGAGGAGGAAACUGAGGUGGGAGGCAGCCGGUACACAAGGACAUUGGCGGAGUUGAAGAAUUUUAAGGCUGCUGGUGAUCCUUUUACUGAAGAGUUCUUCCAAAUGUUUCAAACUGUUUACAGGCAACAACUGCUAAUGCUUGAGAAGUUGCACCUCCGAAAGAACAAGCUGGAUAAGAAGCUCAAGUACAUAAAUGCUUGGAGGAAGGUCUCGAGUAUCAUAUUUGUUGCUACCUUUGCUGCUGUCUUGAUUUGUUCAGUUGUGGCUGCAGCCAUGGCUGCUCCGCCUGUUGCAGCAGCUCUGGCUGCUGCGACUUCUAUCCCCAUUGGUUCAAUGGGGAAAUGGAUUGACUCUUUGUGGAAGAAUUAUGAAAGUGCUAUGAAGGGUCAGAAGGAAGUAAUUAGCUCAAUGCAAGUGGGAACUUAUGUAGCCAUCAAGGACUUGGACAGCAUUCGAGUUCUGAUUGACCGACUGGAAAUUGAAAUUCAGUCGCUCAUGGAUAAUGCGAGCUUUGCUAUUGAGCAAGAAGCAGUCAGGAUUGCAAUAGAGGAGAUUAAGAAGAAGUUGGGAGUAUUUAUGAAGAAUGUUGAGGAAUUGGGAUCUCAAGCUGAUAUCUGCAGCCGAGACAUUCGAAGAGCAAGGACUGUGGUUCUGCAGAGGAUCAUCAAGCAUAGCAACAACUGAAAACUCAACCAAUUCUUGAAAUUCAACCAGGUGCUAUU